UCGAUCUACCAAGUUAAAUCGAUCACCAUCGACCAACCAAAUUCAAUCAAUUACCAUUGACCAACCGAGUUCAAUCACUUACAAUCAAUCUUUAGAAGAGAGCAGAGUUUUAGAGGGUGAUGCAUGAGUAGCAUGCGGACAUGGAAGGUGGUAGCUGCCCUGCUAGGGUUCUGGCUGGUCAUAAUGAUGUACAUGAGCAGCACAGUGUUCCAAAACACCGAUACAUCACAUCGUACAGAACGGCAAUUACGCCAUGCAAUGGAUGAAUUAGACAGACUCCGCAAACAGAAUAUCGAACUUAAACAGUUGGCCACAGAGCUCAAAGAUAUUCAUCUAAAUCCAGUUUCGAAGGAUGUUAAAAGUCUACGUGAACGGCUUGAGAUGGCCACCCUUGAACUAAAGGGAUUGGCAGAGAAGAAAAAUGUUUCUUCCACCUCAUGUUCUACUACGCCUUCAGAAAAACAUGAAGUACUUGGGCGAAAAGUAGAAAAUGACAUUGUAGAAUUCUGGUAUUAUUUGAAAUUUUCCAUGAAAAGAAUGCGGGACUUGGCUAUUGGCAAUUCUGUGCUAAUCAGCAAGUUGGAUGAGGUUCUCACCAAUGGCCUUGAAUAUAAAAGUGUUCACAGAAUAGCAUCUCUCUCUCUCUCUCUCAUCCUGUCUAGCAUUACCAAUAUAAUUCUAAGAUAUUUACUCUGGUCCCUUUUCUUUCUCCUUACAGCAUGUUCUACUACGCCUUCAGAAAAACAUGAAGUACUUGGGCGAAAAGUAGAAAAUGACAUUGUAGAAUUCUGGUAUUAUUUGAAAUUUUCCAUGAAAAGAAUGCGGGACUUGGCUAUUGGCAAUUCUGUGCUAAUCAGCAAGUUGGAUGAGGUUCUCACCAAUGGCCUUGAAUAUAAAAGGACUUUGAUCUCUGAUAUUGACCAACUACGUGGUGUUGAUGGCCUUGACCAUUGGCGAGGGAAAGAAUCGCAAGACCUGGCUGAUUUAGUGCAGAGACGGUUACAGUUUUUACAGGUAAGCACCUCCGCUUUAUACCAAACAGAAAAAAAUCGAGAAAUCUGCUCCAGAAUCCUUUCAGAUCGGGGAACCAUUAUGGUUAAUUACCAGAAGUUUUUGGCAUUGGCAGUGCUCCUGAGGGGCUGUAUUGAUUCAAAAUAUAUCUCUGCAGGCGUUGGUGAAAGUGCCAUCAGACGGUCAUCCUUUUCAGCACCUGAAACACUGACAGAGGUCCAAGUUGUGGAGAUGCCAAUUAUUGACAAUGUCUACCCAAAACCAGCAUUUAUUCCACUUGCCAUCCCAGAAGACCUUGCACCACGGCUUCGUCGGCUUCAUGGUGACCCUGCUGUAUGGUGGAUCGGUCAGUUUGUACGUUAUCUAGUACGGCCACAACCAGCCCUAGAAAAAGACAUCAAUGAUACCAAAAAACGGUUGGGUUUCCAAAACCCUAUUGUUGGCGUCCAUGUGCGUCGGACAGAUAAAGUGGGUACAGAAGCUGCAUAUCACAGCCUGGAAGAAUACAUGGCCCACGUAGAAGACUAUUACAGACAGUUGGAAAUGUCUAAAGGUCAUUCUAUUGAAACAAAAAAGGUUUACUUGGCAUCUGACGACCCCAACGUUCUUGCAGAUGCUGUGAAUAAAUAUCCAAAUUACAAUUUUAUUUAUGAUUCCGAAAACUCUAAGACGGCAGGUCUGGGUACACGCUACAGUACCGCCUCUUUAAGGGGCAUCAUAUUCGACAUACAUUUCUUAUCGCUUUGUGACUAUUUAGUCUGUACAUUUUCAUCACAGGUUUGCCGAGUUGCUUACGAAUUGAUGCAGACCUACCACGGAGAUGCAUCGCAGAAGUUUUAUUCUCUAGAUGACAUCUACUACUUUGGCGGACAGAACGCCCACAAUGUGAAAGCCAUCCAGAAGCACACGGCUCAGCGUAAAGAGGAGAUAUCAUUUGAAAUCGGGGACUCAAUUGGCAUUGCAGGGAACCAUUGGGAUGGGUAUUCGAAAGGAGUUCAUAGGAAGCUGGGCAAAAAUGGACUAUUCCCCUCAUAUAAGACUGUUAAUAAAGUAGUGACUGUGAAAUUUCCCCAUUAUCCUGAGGUACCAUUAACAAACCAAACGUGAUAAUUUCACAAAUAAUAUAUUCUUUAAAAGAAAAAAAAAAAAUAUUGAAAUUAUUUUGUAA